UCCCGAACGCGCGCCCUCCCGGCAAUCUGAUGCGGAACCUGCGCCACUCGGAGAUGCGCCGUAGUUCGGCGGCCGGCUUGAGCGGGGCCAGCGCCCAGCGACCUCCGUUGCCACCAAAGAUCGAAACGCGCUGCCACAGCUAUGACGGAUUGCUGGGCGGCGGCGACGAGUCGAAGAAACGAACAACCCCCGAAGGGAGAGACGCCGUUGAUGCCGCAGCGGCGCCGUCCAAGAGUCAACCCGUCCCGCUUAGGGACGACCCCGCGGGCAAAUCUGCCGCACCACCGGAAGAGUCCAUCAAAGCCAAAAACCGACGAUCUCGCAGCAUGGAUGAUCUCUUCGACGACGACGGUCACCACGCGACGGCCGUCGCAGACUUUCUCGAAAACACCCAAAGCAUGGAGAACCUGUCGGAACCACCGCUGCCGGCGGUGCCAUCCUCCCCUCCGCCACCACCGGAUUCCCCCGUGCCGAUCAUGGGCGGCGGCGGCAACAUCUGCCUGAACCGACGCUUCGUCGAACCCGCCGUCGAGUGCCGAUCGUCGGACACGGCCUCGCCCGAGUCCUGCUACGAGGAACCGUGCGAGAACGAAGUCAUCACCGUGGACAGUACGCCGCGGCGCGAGGAUGAUGCCGUGUCGACGACCUCUUCCGUCGCGAGCGGAACUGGCAAAAAGACCAGCAGCAACAACCAGACAACAAGCCCGUUCAUCAACAAGUACGUCAAGAAGGUCAAGUCACUGAUGAAAAAGUGAGGGGGCGCGAGCGAGCUCGAAUAAUGUGAUUUUAUUUCCACCCAACAAAGAAAGGAGGUGGAAACGACGAAUAUAUUAUUAUUUUAAAACCUGUUAUCAACUAAUUAAAGUCUAAAUGCUUGCUUUAUGAAUGUGUUAUCGUACCUGUGCGAACCUGUUUGUGUUGAGUAAAAAGUAAAACGAACUACUUUUUAAUAAUGUACAUCUAAAUAUGUUGAACAUAAUGUUAUAUAAAACACUGACGAAAAUGUGAAUUGUGAGAAUAAACUAGACUUAAAAGAAAACAUGUGAAUGUGAUUGUUUCGCGUUCGUGCGAGUGUAUUGAGUAAAAUAUAUUAUUUAACUCUAGGCGUACAAGCUGUAAACAGCAAGAAGGAUAAGUAUUUAUAACAAAUAAAAGCCUAGACAACGAUAAGAAUCAAAACAAUAUAGUCACAGAAAACAUCAUUUAUUUCCAAUAUUUAUAACCACGACGACGACUACCAUUGCUAGAGAAUAGCCUUCUAGAAAAUAAGUUUUACAUAAUUCUAAACAAUAUUUACUUCAAAACUUCACACUUUAACAAGAAAUGUAAAAACAAGCAAAAUCAACCACAAACAACUUGUAUUCUUUCAACACUUUGCUUAAGAUAUUUUAAUCUCUACUUAACGAAGCAACACAACUACAUGUAAGAAGAUGCAGUGAAAAGCUAGCUCUUUUAGAAUUGUACACACAAUCAUUGAGAAAUAAAGUAAAAAGCUAAA